UGACCCAGUAGUUGUCAAAGAGGGAAGAAUCCUGUUGCUAAGUGCUAUUCACCAAAACCAGCUCACACACACAUCACACUUCACAACACGCAACAAUCAUCACAUUAGAGAGAGAAAAAAAUUGACGAAAAGUAAAAGAAAAACCCUUACUUGCAUUGCAUUGCAUUGCACUGAAGCACUUCCUUCUGUUCCCUCCCAACCAACCCCUCAUGCCUUGUCGCUAACCCGACCCGACCCGUUGAACUCGCCGGAAACUUUGUCCAAAAGGGUCUCUGGAUUUGCCCAUGGCCCUCCAUUUCCGACCCUAGAGACCCUUCAAGUUUUGGCCUUUUCUUCUUCGCUCUCCCGUUUUGGGUAAUCAAUUUCUGAAAUCACUGCAACUGAGAGAGCUUUUCUGAGAACUCCUGCCUCGACGAUAUGUACGUCGUGCCUCCGCCGCAGCGCUCCGAUCAGGGGUCGGGAUCCGGCGAUUUGCGGGUCUACCAAGCUUGGAAGGGUAGCAAUAAAUUUUUUCUUCAGGGAAGGUUCAUAUUUGGACCAGAUGUGAGAUCACUGGCGCUGACAAUUUUUCUUAUUGUUGCUCCUGUCUCAGUUUUCUGUGUCUUUGUCGCCAGAAAACUGAUGGAUGCUUUUUCUGACCACUGGGGGAUAUCCAUAAUGGCUGUUGCUGUUGUAUUCACAGUUUAUGUCUUAGUUCUUCUUUUGUUAACAUCUGGCCGAGAUCCAGGCAUAAUUCCGCGCAAUGCACAUCCUCCAGAGCCUGAAGGUUUGGACAGUAAUCUAGAUGUUGGUGCUGGACAGACUCCUCAACUGCGGUUGCCUCGCUUUAAGGAGGUUGAGGUCAAUGGCAUCCCUAUUAAGAUCAAGUAUUGUGAUACUUGCAUGCUCUACAGACCUCCUCGUUGCUCACACUGCUCGAUCUGUAAUAAUUGUGUGGAAAGGUUUGAUCAUCACUGUCCUUGGGUUGGACAGUGUAUUGGACUGCGUAAUUAUCGGUUCUUCUUCAUGUUUGUCUUCUCAACUACGCUACUAUGUAUAUAUGUUUUUGCAUUUUGCUGGGUCUAUAUUGUAAGAAUUAUGGCGGCAGAAGAGAAAACAAUUUGGAAGGCAAUGAUAAAAACUCCAGCCUCCAUAGUGUUAAUAAUUUACACCUUCAUAUCAAUGUGGUUUGUAGGAGGCCUCACUGCCUUCCAUUUAUAUUUGAUUAGUACCAAUCAGACUACUUAUGAAAACUUCAGAUACCGAUAUGAUCGGCGAGCCAAUCCAUAUAACAAAGGAGUAUUGAAUAAUUUCAAAGAGAUAUUCUGCAUCAGCAUUCCCCCGUCAAAGAACAAUUUCAGGGCAACAGUGCCAAAAGAACCAGCAUUACCUACUCGAUCAGUGGGUGGAGGCUAUAUGAACCAAAACAUGGGGAAAGUUGGGGAGGACAUAGAAAUGGGAAGGAAAACAGUAUGGGACAUGGGUGCUGGAAUUGAGGAUUCUGAAGCUCAAUUGAGCAAUGACCGUGUGGCUGUAAAGGAUGGUGAAUUGUCUCCUGAAAUCAGGACAACAGUUGAUGACACAGACCGUGCUGGAAUGCAUCCUCGGCGAUCUAGCUGGGGAAGAAAAAGUGGAAGCUGGGACAUGUCCCCUGAAGUUUUGGCUUUGGCAACCAGGGUUGGGGAACCAAACCGUGUCGGCGGAGACAGCAGUAGUAGUUUGACACUUGACAAUCGUCGUGUGUAGCCAAAUAGCAUGGCCGAAGGGACCUGGAAGAUUUGAUUUUACAGUCAUGAUAAAAGAAAAUAUUACAUUGUUCAUGUGGUAAGUCUACGCCAAAAUCACUUGCAAUAUGGGGUUGUAGGCAUUUGCAAGGUGUUUGUUAGUGUGUUUUAGGCAUUCUGCUUCUAAGAAGAAAUUGUUUGGUGUUGCUUGAAGUUGUAUUAUGCAAUUAAUUAGCCUUUGCACCUGUGGAAGUUACUGCACCUCUCUAUCUCUCGGUGGCUGAAGGCUAGUGACAUGAAAUAUCCUGGAGGAAAUCAAUGAUGGACCAAGGGGAAUUGUUCUAACUUAUCUUGAUGCUUGAGUUAAAUGUAGUUGGUGUGUUAGGAUGAGAAACUUAAUGAGACAGAUUUGCCAUUCUACUUUUAAGUAGGAACAUUGCAUACCAUGUAUAAUUCCAUAAUGCUUGUGUUACAAAUACAAUCCAUGGCUUGAAAAACAAA